AUUCACAAGAUCUGAAAUUGGAAACUCUACUUGCACAGUCGCACAGUGGCGGGACAAAACCAGACAAAAGGAACUGUUUCACUACAGUCAAAUCAUUGAACACAAACUAAGUAUACAAUCUCUACACAAGAUCGAAACUGAUCGAGACGAUUGCAUUGUUUAACAAAGACGAAUAUAAUCAACGACGUUCUUUAAUAAACUGUAACAAUAGUGCUGUUAGAUAUUGUUGUUAACGCCAAAGUGACGCGAAACAUGAUCAUAACAGUUUCGUGAUAAAAUUGAGCAAGUAAAUCGUCACACAAUGGUUAUUUGCAAAUAUUACCAACAAGGGCACUGCCGUUUCGGACAGUACUGUCAAUUCGAACACAUAAAUACUUUCGGCAAAGGGAGAGACAACAAGGAUUCAUACAAUGAGGAUGAAUACACUGUUGUACUGGUUGCAAAAGAAGUGCUUAACGCGGAAAGAGGAGGACAGUGGAUGUUAUCAUGCUUCGCACCGCUCAAAGAAAAACCCUGUAUUCCUGGCAUGGAAGAUGUCUCUCCAGAAGAAGUACGAUGGGAGAUGUAUCAAGCUGAGAAAAAUGGAAUGAGUGACCAAGCAAAACUCCAUUAUCAACAAAUGUGUAGAGAUAUGAAAACAAAAAGGGAGGCCUUAAAGAACCCUACCCGUGAAACGCUUAACAAACUUAAAGAGAUUUUAGGUACAGGUCACAAGAACAAAAACGAGAAUGCAUCAGGGAAAUCGUCUAACUUUGCCUUUGCAACUCCCCAACUUGGAAAUCCGAGCAGUAACCCAUCCUCGAACGUGUUUCAUUCUUUCAGUGGAGGCAUGACUCCUUCUACCAACGCAUCGUCUAUCUUUGGAAGACCAGCUACAACUACGAAUCCCGUGUUUGGUAGUACACCAAGUUUUGGCAAUAAUUUAGGAGCGUUUGGCGGCGGUUCUGGUUCUGUAUUUGGUGGGACUUCAAAUACUUCUACAUUUAAUACAGGCCAAAGCGCGCAGACCUUCGGAUCAGGUGGCUCGAUCUUCGGCGGUGGAACCUCUCAGCCUGUUUUCGGCCAGUCAAGCAUGUUCGGCAGUCAGGCGAAUCAAUCGAACAAUGUUUUCGCGAGGCCCCAGACAUCCCAGACGACCACGUCGGUAUUUAACAGCGGAACAACAUCUUCCUCCCCCCUCUUCAGCGGCACUUCCCAAUCUGCCAACGCUUCUUCCAUAUUCGGCGGAGCUAAAACGUCCACCGCUAAUCUGUUCGGUGGCCCACAGACCACCAAUUCCAUCUUUGGUGGACCUUCGCCCACGGGAAACUUCAGUUCCGGGAUGUUCAAUUCGCAAUCGGAAACUCCUGCCUUUGGUGGGACAUCAGUCUUUGGUGCUGCACCGUUUGGAAAUGCUUCCAAUUCGAUAUUCGGCGAAAAGCCGGCGUUUGGAGCCUCUACUGGUAUGUUCGGCGCGUCCAGCACCACGCAGCCUACGAACGCUUUCGGUGUUACCGCUCCCACGCCUGCCGUGAACUUAUUCGGUUCUACACAAGGUGCUCAGACUGCCAUGCCCGUUUCCAGUGCUCCGCCGUUCGGCGUAACUUCUACGACCACCGGUCCCUUCGUUACCGCUGCCUCACAAUUCGAAACCGCGAGCACGACCGUAUUUUCGAAGCCAGCGUUCGGUACGAUCGCGCCAACCACAGUCGAAACGUUUGGUACCGUUGUUACUUCCUCGAACACACCCUUCGGUGCUCCGAAUACCGCUCCGAAUACCCCUUUCGCUUCGCCCACGUUUGGUGAAGUGAAAAGUUCACCUUUUGGAUCCACGGGUAUGAGCCCGACUACGAAUUCUGUUAAUCAACAGCAACAAUUAACGUCGCCGUUCGGUAAUUUCGCACAGAAUCAAUCUUUCAAUACUUUGACCGCGUCUAAUGGACCAUUCGGUAAUUCGCAGUACGGUAUAACGGCUACGAUUAUUGACGAUAGCGUUUACUCGCAGGAAGAUCAAUUGACUAAUGACGAUAAGAAUAUGUUCUUAGCGGAGAAAUUUACUUUCGGAAUGAUUCCGUUGAGACCCCCUACCAAAGAUAUCAGAUGAAUCGGUGAGGAAGUUUGGUGGGAAAUAUUAGCUGUGAUAUUAUUUGUUUCCUACGCGAAAGAUAAAUCUCGUAAAGUCGUAAUAAUAAAUAAUAUAUAUUUGCCAAUGAUUCGAGUAUCGAUUUCUGUACAAGACAAAUAAACUUUUAACUUUCAUGAACAAAAUAGAUGUAAUUCUGGAACUGUAAAACGAAUGUACAUACAAUAAAGAAUAAAACAAUU